AUGAACCGAAGUUGGAUAAAUUCUAAACGAACAACCGAAGAAUAUGAGAGAGGAGUGGAACAAUUUAUUGAAUUUGCUACGAGGAAUGUAAUAGAUAAUAAUGGAAGAUUUUAUUGUCCAUGUGUGAAUUGCUUGAACGAGCGAAGACUACCCACUGCAGUAAUACGAGAGCAUGUUUUGUGUGAUGGGUUCCUAAAGAGCUACACCAAGUGGACAUGGCAUGGUGAAUUAGUAGAAGUGCCAAUAGCAAAUGUGUCUCAAACUGAAACAGAAGAACUGGAUUUCGUUAUGGAAGAUGGUUUGGAGCAAAUGAUUCGUGAUGUUGGAGAUGAUGCCUUUGCACGAUCACAUAUGUAUGAAACUUUGUGUAGUGAUGCAGAAAUGCCUUUGUAUUGGGGGUGCAUUAAGUACACUCGAUUGUCGGCAAUAUUAAAACUCUUUAACGUGAAGGCAAUAAAUGGGUGGACUGAUAAGAGUUUCACCGAAUUGCUUGAGUUAGUGAGUGACAUUCUUCCUGAAGGUAACACGAUGCCAACAUCUAAUUAUGAUGCGAAGAAGAUAUUAUGUCCAAUGGGUAUGAAGUAUAAAAAGAUUCAUGCUUGUCCGAACGAUUGUGUGUUGUACAGGAAGGAAUAUGAAAAGUUACAUCAAUGUCCACAUUGUGGGUUAUCAAGAUACAAGCAAAAAGAUAGUGACUUCGAAGAUGAUGUGAGGAAGGGUGUUCCAGCAAAGGUGUUGUGGUAUCUUCCUAUAAUUCCAAGGUUUAAAAGAUUAUUUGCUAAAGUCAAAGAUGCAAAACUCAUUAGAUGGCAUGUAGAUGAACGUAAAAGAGAUGGUCAAAUAAGGCAUCCAGCUGAUUGUAGUCAAUGGCAGACAAUAGAUUCAAUGUUUCCAUAUUUUGGAAAUGAUCCAAGAAACCUUAGGCUUGGACUUGCUACAGAUGGAAUGAACCCGUACGGUAACCUGAGUAGUAGACAUAGCUCAUGGCCUGUCAUGUUAGUGAUCUACAACUUACCUCCUUGGUUGUGCAUGAAACGUAAAUACGUCAUGUUAUCUUUGAUGGUUUCUGGUCCACGACAACCAGGAAACGACAUUGAUGUUUAUUUAAGCCCGUUAUUUGAAGAUUUGAAAAUGUUGUGGGAGGAAGGCGUUGAUGUGUUUGACGGGUACACAGGCUCCACUUUUAAGUUGCAUGCCAUGUUAUUUUGUACAAUCAAUGACUUUCCAACAUAUGGUAAUUUGAGUGGGUAUAGCACAAAGGGUCACAAAGCAUGCCCUAUAUGUGAAGAAGGCACAUGUCACCAUCAACUUAAGCAUGGAAAGAAAACAGUUUACAUUGGACAUCGAAGAUUUCUUAGUGUAAACCAUCCUUUUCGUAAAUUAAAAAAAACAUUUAUUGGAUGUCAAGAAAAUGAAAUAGCUCCAACACCUUUAAGUGGAUUAGAAGUAUAUGAACGUGUAAAGGACAUCAAUGUUGUGCUUGGCAAGACAGAAAAGCAAGCCACAACAACAAACAUAUGGAAGAAAAGAUCAAUCUUCUUUGAUCUCCCAUAUUGGAAGAUGCUUGAUGUGAGACAUUGUAUAGAUGUCAUGCAUGUAGAGAAAAAUGUGUGUGACAGUAUUAUUGGAACACUCCUUAACAUUCAAGGCAAGACAAAAGAUGGCAUGAAGAGUCGCUUGGACUUGGUUGAAAUGGGAAUAAGAGAACAAUUAGCUCCACAAUCUCAUGGCAAAAGAACAUAUUUGCCUUCGUCAUGUCACACAUUAUCUAAACAAGAAAAAAGAAGUUUCUGUGAGUUUUUACGUGGUGUGAAAGUUCUGCAUGGUUACUCUUCCAAUGUGAAACGACUUGUAUAUAUGAAAUAUUUGAAAUUACUUGGGUUAAAAUCUCAUGAUUUUCAUGUUUUAAUGCAACAACUCCUACCAGUGGCGAUUCGGGGAAUAUUGCCUAACAAUAAUAGAUAUGCAUUAACUAGAUUGUGCUUCUUUUUUAAUGCCAUUUGUAGUAAAGUUUUUGAGCCUGCAUGGUUGGAUCAUUUGGAGAAUGAGGCUAAUGUUAUAUUGUGUGAUUUGGAGAUGUAUUUCCCUCCAUCAUUUUUUGAUAUCAUGGUUCACUUGAUUGUACAUUUAGUAAGGGAAAUUAGACUUUGUGGACCUGUGUUCUUGCGAUGGAUGUACCUAAUUGAGCGAUACAUGAAGAUAUUGAAAGGGUACGUCAAGAACCAAUAUCAUCCUGAAGCAUCAAUUGUUGAAAGAUAUAUUGCAGAGGAAGCUAUUGAGUUUUGUACAGAAUACAUAUCAGAAAUUGAAGUUAUAGGGGUACCUAAAACUCGCCACAAUGGAAGAAUUGCUGGUAAAGGUAUUCAAAGUGCAAAAGUGGUGACAUUGGCACAACAUGAAGUUAUCCAAGCACAUUUUUAUAUCUUGAAUAACACUGAUAUUGUCCAACCCUACCUAAGUGCUCACAAAGACAUAGUAAAGAGAGAUAAUCCACGGAUGCCUGAGAAGUGA